AAGUGUUGGAGGUUCAGAAAACAAUGCGGUGAAAAAAAGGAACAGCAGGGCAACUGGGUCGGCCAAAGCCAGAGCAUUGAUACGGACAUCUUAGACGUCUUUCGCCUCUGCCUCCAACACUUUGUCCCACCGCUCUCCGAUUCUUGUCCCACACCCGCACGCACAUCCCCCUUUACUAUUAAACCUAAACCCCCUCCAUACCAUCAAACCCACAUCUCUUCAAUCCCAUCUCCAUACCCUUCUUUGUUCUUUUGCUGUUCCCAUUCCCAUUUUACCUUACCUUCAUGGCUAUGGAGCUUCAGCUCGGCCUUGCUCUAAUUCCCACCAAAGGCUUUGAUUUAAACACCCACGUCCACGAAACUGCGCCUUCUUUCGAGUACUUGGACCCCGUGUGCGCCAAAAAGCGCGCUCUCGAUUUCGACCCCUGCUCGGCAUUUCGUCGAACACUUCCUCUGCUUCUCUGGAACCACCAUCCAAAUGACGGCGAUGACGACCCGAAAGACAUCCAUCGCUCCUCCGCCUUCCGGCCCAAUCGACGAGAUGCGGAGGAGGGGAAUGGGCUGGUGGGGUGGCCGCCGCUUAAGAAACGGAGGAAGAGGCUUUUCAUGGAGAAACGCGGACAUGGACGUGGACGUGGACGUGGACGUGGACCGGCGGCGGAGAACCGCCGGCCGGUGGAGAAUGGCGGCGGGUUUUACCGGGGGUCGAAUUCUUCCACUUCCAAUUCGCGGUACGUGAAGGUGAAGAUGGAGGGAGUGGGAAUUGCGAGGAAGGUUGACUUAAGCCUCCACCAUUCUUUCGCGGCGCUCACAGCCACCCUAAUGAACAUGUUUGAUGAGACGGAUUCCGCCGACGCUUACAGACUGACUUACCAGGACAUUGACGGUGACUGGUUACUUGCUCAGGACGUAACUUGGAGGAAUUUCGUUGGAACUGUGCAACGAAUCCAAUUGGAGAAGAAGUAGGGCUGAUUGGAGCCGGUUGCCGGUGGUCGGAGAAUUAAUAUGCUAUCUAAUUAAAUAGAUUCUAUCUUUUUUUUUCCUUUUUCUUUUUUAGCUCUUCGACUUGUAAGGACUGUUAACUGUAUGUAUGGUAUAUGGAGAAAACUUUAGCUAUGGAUCAGUUUUUUUACCUUUUUGACCUAA